AUGAAAACAACCGGAAAACUACAUAUGACCACAGCGUGGAUGCAUGUGAUGAUCACGUGGCCACAUUCAACGGCUGUCCAGAAGACGGCUGGCGCUCAACUCUACACUCAACCGCUGAACUGCGUAUUAGCGCCGGCAAUGCGGAACAAGACGAAAUUGAAGCGGACAACGUUCAAGGCCGUCUGUAUGUUUGUAGAGAUCUGA